AUGGCAAGUUAUGCUUUCAAAGAAGGAAGAAAGGAAGGAAGUGGCAAUGGGCCUCACCAUGAUCGUUGCUGUACUUACAAUGAAAAUAACUUGGUGGAUGGUGUUUACUGUCUCCCAAUAGGACACUGGAUUGAGGCCACUGGAGAGACCAAUGAGAUGAAACACACAACAAAUUUCUAUUUUAAUAUUGCAGGCCACCAAGCCAUGCAUUAUUCAAGAAUUCUACCAAAUAUCUGGCUGGGCAGCUGCCCUCGCCAAGUGGAACAUGUAACCAUCAAACUGAAGCACGAACUGGGGAUUACAGCUGUCAUGAAUUUCCAGACCGAAUGGGAUAUUGUCCAGAAUUCUGCAGGCUGUAACCGCUACCCCGAGCCCAUGACUCCAGACACUAUGAUUAGACUGUAUAGAGAAGAAGGCCUGGUCUACAUCUGGCUGCCGACACCAGAUAUGAGCACCGAAGGCCGUGUGCAGAUGCUGCCCCAAGCUGUGUGCCUCCUGCACGCACUUCUCGAGAAGGGCCACACCGUAUAUGUCCACUGCAACGCCGGGGUGGGCCGCUCCACCGCGGCUGUGUGUGGCUGGCUGCAGUACGUGAUGGGCUGGAACCCCAGGAAGGUGCAGUACUUCCUCAUGGCCAAGAGGCCGGUCGUGUACAUUGAUGAAGAGGCCCUGGCUCGGGCACAAGAAGACUUUUACCAGAAGUUUGGGAAGCUUCGUUCUUCCAUAUGCAAUCUGUAGCUGGCCACCCCCGCGCCCUGCACCUCACUCCCAGUUUCUUAAGGAAUCUGAGGUUAUGUUUGUCAAAUGACCUAGAAACAGAGAUCUUACCUGAACAGAAAGGACUGUGGGCGUUUAUUCCUGUUCCAGGCUGCCCUUUCAUCUGGGGCUGUCUGUUAUGCUUUGGUUGGGCUGUAUCUUUGAAAUACUUUACAAAGGAAGCUGUGACUGACACCGGAGACAAUGCCAAAGGCAGUAAGGAGGUGCAGUGCUGUUCCAGCAUCAGACUGAAAGAGGGUGUGUGCAGUCCUGGCUGCUGCAGGCAGAAGAGUCCCUUCCUUUACAAGUGCUGACUGGAUUGUGCUGUAGACUCGUGAGAGCACUUUCUUGUUGCACUGUAACUCUAUGGAAUGGUGAGGAGAAGACAUCAGGUUGUGCGGUUUUCAUCACCGGUGUGGAUGCUCAGUUACACAUGUACACAUACACAUACACCCAGUGUGCAUAUGUGUGCGCGCACACGCGCACACACACACACACACACACACACACACACACACACACACUGCACACUGCUUUUCUGUUGAACUGAACUGAAAUAUGGUCAUUUGCCAAAGCAGGGAAUAAAGGUGGAAGCCUAGAACCUGAUAGAAGACAAGCUCAUAUGGGCAGAGUAGUGACUUUCCUGGCUUGGUUUUUGCUUUCCGUUUCAUAGUUAUUAAAGUCUAUUCCUAGGCAUCACCUCCCUUAUCUACUCAACAGCCCCAUGUGGCAAAAUAAUCCUUCUUUUUGUUCUAAUUGAGGUUUAAUAAGCAUAGGUCUCUUGCCCAAGUCUCACGGCUACUAAGAGAUGAUCUGGAGCUGUAACUCAAGUUUAUUUGACUCAGUGCUGUUUUUAGAACAACUUGAUUUUUCAGUUUACAAUCAUGAACUGUUUUGUCCCUCUCAGGACAAGAUUGACCUCUGCAGCAGUGAGAAAUGGAACAGUGUUCUGAUAACUUGCUAAAGAAUUUAGAGCAGUAAUUCUUUUUUGUGCAAAUUAUUUUAAAUCAUAGUGAGUUAUCUGAAGGCCAAUGUGGUGUGAGGGGAACUAUAUUUUUAAAAGAGCCGGAAUCUGCAGAUCACUGUUCCAUAGCUGCAGUGUGAUCCUGGUUCAGCCCUCAGCUUAGCACAACUCAGUUACUGUGCCCCUGGAACAUGCAGCUCAUUCCCCUGGAUUCUACAGGAACUGCAAAGAGGAGCAAGACUUUGUUUUUUAAAAUGUACAGGUCCGAGACAGACCAGCUGUAGAGUAGGACUGAACUGAGUGACAUGCUAGAAUAUAGGAUGGGAAAGUAUGUUUUAAUUGAGUGCCUCUAUGUGCUAUGAGGUGCUUUACCAUUUCACCCAGUUCCAUCUUCAUAGUACCUUACAAGAGAGGUUUCAUUAUCUCCAUUAUUUAAGUGAAGACACUAAGGCUCAGAGAGGUUAAAUCAGCUAUCCCUUGCCACAUGCUGAAUAAAUGAAAUGAGAUACAAAGCUGCUUUGUCUCAAAGCCUACACUUUUGAAAAUUAAAUAUAGUGCUUGUUAAUUUUUCUGUUCUUUUACAAAUGUAUAUUGAUAGGCAUAAAAGACUUUGAUUUAGGAGGGAUGAAGACAAGAAGGACACAGGACAAGUUCCAAUAGAGCUCAGAGUAGUAGGAGAAGUCUUGCAGUGGUGGCAUUCGGGAAAUGACAUUGGCUUGAGCCAGAGGAUGCUAGACGGGAAACAUUUCUCCUAUGGUUUCACAAUGUUAAAAUUAUAAACUAGCACUGAGUUUUGGGAAGUCCAGCUCUCUUCCUAAAAAUAGCUAGAAAUCACUGAUGUAUUCAAGAACCCACUUACGAUCAUUGUGCUGAGUAAAAAUGUAAUCUUAAAAAUGGAAUAUUCUAACUAAUAUUUAUAAGAAUGUGUGUGUGUGUGUGAAAUUCCUUAACACUAAGAAAAAUGCUAUAAGAUUUCUACUGUAGAGUGAGUUUUUUUGGGUGAAUUUUUUCCUUUGUUCUUUUUUGCUCUGAUAAAUAAAAUCAGUUUAGGACUAUGAAGGAAUGUCUUGUGAAAACCUCUCUUAUUUCAAAAUCACGUGGAAUUUUUGUGAAAUAAAAGUAUUUAAAAAAAAU